AUGUCGAUUUCGCGAGACUUCGCUCUCCCAGCGGAGCAAGACUCUUCGAUGCAGGACGACAUAGAGCUGCACAGUCGCCAAAGCCAAUCCUCCAAUACAAACGUUUCCGACGAAAAGGCCGAGCAGCAUGUCCGCUACAACCUCACUCUCAACACCCAGAACCUAUCUCCGCCACCGGCCGAGCCUGUGCGACCAGUGCGAUCCGAUACCGAAGUCCAUCGCGAGAUGAACUUCUCGCCCUCGAUAUUGCGACGCCGACUGACUCGCGUUCCGACGUUUAAGACGGUUGAGGACUACGAUGAGUUUGAGACCACAUUUGGUGAUCGCCCGGGUUGGCAACCUGGCUCCGAACCUGGCUACGACCCUAUGCUCCCUGAUGGAGGGCAUGCGUCCAUGCCUGCGCUCCAUGCCGCCUGUGAAAUUUCCGUUAUCGACUUCGCGCAAGACAAUAUGGUUAAGCGUCACUUUGACAAUGCGAGUUUCAUAGCCUUUCUGGACGAACCCAAGGAGGAAUGGGCAAAAUGUCGAUGGAUCAACGUCAAUGGGCUAAGUUGGGAUGUGAUCCAGGCCAUCGGUAGCAAAAAGGGCCUGCAUAAAUUAGCCCUGGAGGAUUUGAUGCAGAUUCGAAACCGAACCAAGGCUGACUGGUAUCCAAACCAUGCCUUUAUUGUCAUGACAUUGCAAAAGCUCGUUCACUUGGUGGAUGAUGAGGACGACACGACUGAUACUAGCAGUACCUACUCGUCAAAGACCGUGGGUAGGCUAAGAGGAUCAGUCAGGCAGCUCUGGAAAAGUCGCAAGACAGCAGAUCCUGAAAAGAAUUUCGAAAACAGCUUACGGGCGCGGGAAGCAGCAUCAGAUCUACAAGAGACAGGGAUGAUACGAACGCUACAGCGAUACCAUGCUUCUGGAAAUGAAGCGCGGACAGAAUUCAUGGAGAGCCACUCCUCCCUUGCGCCUUAUCAGAUGGCCGUUUCAGCAGAGCAGGUCUCUAUCUUUUUGACAUCAGACAACACCGUUAUUUCUUUCUUCGAGGUGUCGGCCGGUGACAUCGAGCGGCCUAUCGUGACGCGCCUCAGCACUCCGGGUACAAUUCUACGCGAGUCCAACGACGCAUCUCUCUUGUGCCAAGGUAUAAUUGAUGCUAUCAUUGAUCUCGCUAUUCCUUUGACAGCUAUCUAUACGGAUAUCAUUGCCGACAUCGAAUUGGACGUUCUUACCGCCCCGAGCAUCAGUCAGAGUAAAAAGCUCUACGUUUGCAUCAGUGAGAUCAACAAGAUGCUCAGUUUCUUGAAUCCAAUCGACAAUCUGGUCAAUGUCCUUCGCGAUCACAAAACUUCCAUGACCCAUGAGGUUGCCAUGCAGGAGCUUGAGAAUCCUUCAUCCGGCGUUAUAGUGACUCCCAUGACGCACACCUACCUUGGUGAUGUUCUUGAUCACUGCAUUAUGAUCACUGAGGCUCUCCAACAGCUCAAACAGUCAUCCGAUAACCUGAUAAACCUCAUUUUCAACACGAUUUCAGCCCAUCAAAACGAGUCGAUGAAACAGCUCACGACGGUCACAAUUAUUUUCUUGCCGUUGACAUUCAUUACUGGUUUCUUUGGACAAAACUUUGCUGAGGAGGGAUUUCCCGAGAUCCACCAUGGUAUCUGGUAUUUCUGGGCUUGCGCUGUUCCCACUGUCGUGGCCACGAUAUUGAUUCUCAUGAGAGAAAUGAUCUACAACUGGCUUAUCAGACUUGUGCAGAGAAGGCACAUUCUUACGCUGAGGAAAAAGAAGAAGAGGUCGAAGCAGCAAAAGAUCAAGCUCAAGGUGUGA